AUGAACGAGUGUCAGCGUGAGAUGGAAAACCUCGACAUCACUGGGGAACACGAUGGUACCAACUCAGACAGCGACACAACUAUUGGACCAUCCCCCCGACGUUCGUCAGCUCGAAGCAACCCAUUCGAUAUGGAAUUGCCCGAUGACUUUGCACCUCGAUCGCUUGAAUGGUUUAUGAACCCUCGCCCUGACCCAAAGAAGCCACUCAGUAUGUUCUGGACUGAUCCUGUGGGUUACUACGCUGCUCCUACAGCUAGUCGCUCUUCUCCUGAAAAUGAGGAGCAGUCAAAGCAAGACGAUGGAAAGCUGGGCACCAUGGGCAGUCUCGAUCAGUGGUUCCUCCCUCGCAAAAGGGACAAAACGGAAAUACCAAAAUGGACUGUCGGGGCACCGUUGUUUGAGUUACCCUUUCGACGAGUCUCUAUCACUGCUAGUGAUAUUUCUCGGUUUCAAAUUGCUCGCCCACCAACACCCCCGCGCAAACGCUCGCCAGAUACAAUGAGCAACAAGCCAUUGCCCCCGCUUCCUCGUGCUCGACGUUUUGUCUCUGAAGGACACGCACCUUUACUUACUCAUCCUCGUUCUCCAGGCGUCCCAGCUGAAUUUACUUUGAGCCGUUGGAGCGAUAGUUCUGAAUCUGACACGACUCAGGAGGUCCCUGCUACGACUGAAUCUGUUGAUACACACGAAGCCCCCCAAGAACUAGAGCAAGCAACAUCCACCAUGAACGGUGCUUCCACGAACGGUGAACCUGCUGGUGGGAAUAUUUUGGCAAACGGUCCUCAUCUCCUCGUUCGUAUCCAUCACUACCUGGACCGUAGAAUGACUGCUAUCAAUCAGAUGGAGACCACUUUAUCCAACCCUCACAUUCCCCAGGCUCUUCGUAAGAGAUUCAUCGCCUGGUCUCAGCAGCUUAUCGAUCUCGAUUACCCAUUUCUCACCAAUCCUCCUACUCGUCAUCUGGAGCAGGUCAAGAUUUACGAAAAGGAUGCUCAUCGUGUCGUUGAUUGGGCCAUCGAAGUGGGCACAAUGGUGAACGUCAUUCAGGAUCAGCUUAACCAGUUCAUGGACGCAGCAGACUUGGUCGCUGGUGAGCUUCGUGAGAUGACUGCUCGUCUCGACAUGGACAAUGGUUCUCUUCUGCCUGCUGAGGAACUCUACCACAAAAUGACCGACAUCGUACGCCGCAAGUGUCGUUCUCCUCAUCUUCACGAGGCCCUUUUACUUCGGAGCUUCCUCAAUCUCUACGAUAAUCUCAUGUAUAAUCCUUUCCAGAUUAUCAAGGAUCAGGUGGUGGUUGUCCACGACGAGUAUCCACACGAUCCUGUCACCAUCCCACUCAACAUUGAGACUCCUCUAUCUCUGCUCAAGCGUGUUCUCGACGCCGUCUACGUCUCGCAUGGAGAGUACACCGAACUCACUCGUCGUAUUCGCCAGGAGUUCUUCGUGCCUAUUGAAGAGCGUAUCCCAGGAGUCGCUUCUCGUACUGAGGGAUAUCUGAACAACGUCAUUGGUCCAUCGAAUGUUAUUUGACCUCAAACCUGCCUCGGUCUUAAGGCAUACGGCACGCUUUACUGUACGAGAUGAACGUCCUUUUUCUUUUCUUAGUCUUUUUUAAUUGUACGAGUAUACCCAUAUUUCAUUUCGUUAUGUUUUUCAGGAGGGCAUCAAACCCAGAAAAGACAAAAAAUUUGGGGGGUAUAUCAGUUCAGGAAGGUAUUCAGUUGGAGAAGACUAGAUAGUCUAGUCGCAAUGAGGCGAUUCAUCUC